AUGGCAGCAGCAGCUUCCUCCCCUACACCUAAUUUUUUUUACAACAUGGAAUCAUCAGUCAAAAUCCUAAUUCUUCUCUCUCACUUCUUUUCUCUCCUCUUCCCACUCCUCUUUAUCUUCAUUUUUUUGAUAUUUCUUUCCUCUUCUUAUUUUUAUCAUCUUCCUUUUUUCCGUUCUCUUCUUCAUCUUGACAACAAUCAUUUUUCCUUUCAUUUUUAUUUUUGUUCUCUUCCUUUUCCCCACACUUUUCAUUCUCCUUCUCCUUUAUCUUCAUUCUUUUCUUUUUCAUUCAUGCUUUUUUAUCUUUAUUCUGUUCCUUCUAUUUUUCUUGUUUCUUAUCUUCUUUUUCCUCCCACUUCCUUAUCUUCAUUCUAUUCUUUUUUCCUCCUCUUUAUCUUAAUUCUCUUCUUUCUUCCUCUUCUUUAUCUUAAUUCUCUUCUUUUUUCCUCCUCCCUCUUUAUCUUCAUCUCUUUAUUUUUAUUCUAUUUCUUUUAUCUUCCUUUUUCCUUCUCUUUCUUCUUUCCUUCCACUUCUUUAUCUUUAUUCUCUUCUUUUUUUAACUUUAUUUCUUUCCCUUUCUUUUUGCCCAUUUUACAAGUUUUCCUUUUGUCACUUUUUUUUUUUAUUCAACAUCUUUUACUUUCUUUAAUUAUAAUUUUUUUUUUCUCUUUAUUUUACCCCUUCUCUUCCUCACAUUCAUAUCUCUUAUUCCAUGAAGAAACCAAACACUUGUGCCUGAUUCCUGUUUUUCUCCACCUCACCAACCCUCAUCAUCUCACACUCUCUACUCAAGAGCCUUUAUCUCCAUCUAUUCAUAUCUAUCUAUCUAUCUAUCUAUUCUAUUCAUAUCUAUCUAUCUAUCUAUCUAUCUAUGUCCAUAUAAUUCUGAAUGAUAUUAAAAUCUAUCACUGUACAUAUCCCUCUCAGUUUAUUCAUAUUCAUCUCAUCUAUCUAUCUAUCUAUUCAUCUAUCUAUUUUAUUCAUAUCUAUCUAUCUAUCUAUGUCCAUAUAAUUCUGAAUGAUAUUAAAAUCUAUCACUGUACAUAUCCCUCUCAGUUUAUUCAUAUCUAUCUAUCUAUCUAUCUAUCUAUCUAUCUAUUUUAUUCAUAUCUAUCUAUCUAUCUAUCUAUCUAUCUAUCUAUCUAUCUAUCUAUCUAUCUAUGUCCAUAUCAUAUAUGUGGUGCAGUUUAA